GCGGUUUGAUACAAACAAUUUUAUGAUCAAUCGGAUGUGUUUGCUACAUUGUAUUUUCUGUUUUAUAAGCAUUUAGGUUUUUCCUUCUGAUGAAUAUGGAAUUCCUGAAGAAUAAUAAAAAUGAAACUGUUUUGGAUGAAAUUGAGGACGAAGGAAUAAAAAAUGUUAAAAGAUGUUUGCAAAAGUUAUAUAACAUUUGGGAAGACUUUGGUAUUGAUAAAGAUCAGAAAGCACAGCGAGCAAGGAGUGUAUGGAUUCAUAUAUUGAACUUGGCAAAAGAUAUUUUAGAGGAAGAGGCCAGUUUGCAUAAAGAAACUGUAGAACGCAUUGAGAAUUACAAGAUAAAGAUAGAAAAAUUAUCAUCUAUUUUACAUGUAAAGCCUAAGGAAAUAAGCGAAGUUUCUUUAUUAAAGAAAGAAGAAAUAUUAUCCCGUGAAUUUGAGAACUUGUGUGAAUUAAAAAAUAAGCAAAUCAAAAUUUAUCAAGAUUUGAAAAACAUUGAAUUGGAAUAUUGUCAAAUUUUAAAUUUGCCAGAUCAUAAGUUAAUACACGCUUCUGGGAUUCCUUCUGAGAAAGAUAUAAAUGAAAUUAAACAUCAUAUUGAACUGUUAAAAGAGGAAAAACAAAAACGCCUUAAAAGACUUUCUUUAAUGAAAAAAGAAUUAAAAGCAAUUUGGGAAGCAACAGAAUUGCCUCCUGAAACUUCCAUUGAAAAUGAAAUUUUUUCAGCUACUGAAACAUUUUCACUUUCCAAUGAAACUUUUCAGUCAUUAGAAGAAGUGAUCAGCAAAGUUCAGCACAAAAGAACAGAGUUGGAAGUUCAAAAGAAGGACUUGUUAAAAAAGCUAACUGUUUUGUGGGAAAGACUCCAAAUUGAUUACAAUGAAAGAGAAGAGUUUCUUUCCAGGCAUGUUGAUUGCCGUCUCUCCACACUGAAAUCUAUUCAGCAGGAGCUUGAACGUUAUGAGAAAAUCAAAAUGGAAAAGAUUGAAAUGGUCAUUGAUUGUCUUAAAAAAGAAUUGAAUGAAAUCUGGGACAAAUGUCAUGUUUCAGAAAUUAUUCGACAAGGCUUUAAAUAUUCUUCUAUAAAAGUAUUGACAGAGGAAGCAUUAGAAGCUUAUGAAAAUGAGGUUGAAAAAUGGAAAACAUAUUAUAAAGAUGUGGAACAUAUUCUAAAAAAUAUACUAAAAAGAGAAGAGUUGAAGAAUUUGAAAACUAUUUUAGAAAGCAAAGCUACUGAUCCAAACAGGUUUAAAAACAGAAAAGGAAAUCUGCUUCAAGAAGAGAGAGAGCGAAAAAAACUACAGAAAGAUCUUCCUUCAUUAGAAACCAUCAUUGUCAGGGACAUUGAAGAAUAUGAAACAUUGAAUAAUUGCAAAUUUUUGUAUGACGGUGAAGAUUACAAAAAAUUGAUAACAAAUCAAUGGAGUGAAAAAGCACACAAAAUUGGAUCACAGAUACAGCCUACUGCUAUAACACCGGGGAAACGUCCUCCAUCUGCACUGCCCAAUUCUGCUCCUGGUAAAUUACUUAAAUCAAAUGCUGGAAUACCUUUUACUCCAUCUUCUGAACCAUGUAAAAUAUUGCCCAGUACAGUUGGAAAAUGUGACAGGCAGCAUGUUUGUACAGGUGGAAGUGGUACAAAAAAAAAUAAAAAAAAGGUGCUAAUGGAAAGAAACCAGUCUGGUAUAGUUAACAUGAAAGCUUCACCUAAUGGUACAACCUACACAGACUUUGCCAAAGAACUGAACAGCCCUGCUAGACAUUGCUUACGAAGUUCUGUACUAGCAACACGUAGACCAUCUGGUAGUCGAAUUUCAAAGAAGAGUUGCCAGUGUAGAAAGAAAAAUGCUGCAAAAUCUUCAAGAAAAUCUAUUAGACUUUCAUCCAAUAACCAAAAUAGUGCUACUUCUAAUAAUUCCAGAUAAGGAAGAUAGUAUAAAACCUCUUUUUUUUUUUUUUUGUAAGGUAUUUUGCAAAUUUUGAUUAUUCUUAAGAACUUAUUAUAUUUUCAUCAAUUUUUGUUUGUGUGUAUGUGUUCUUUGUCUGCUUUGUUGGUGUUAUUUUAUUGUUAGAAUUCCUCUUAGGUUACAUUUUCCAAGAAAGAAAUAAUACUUGUCUGGUUAGUAUUUUAUCCAUUAAUUGUUAGAUUGCUACAAUAUUUUUAGAACUGCAUAUGUUACAUUUUCAUUAACUUUUUAAAGAGUUUGUGACAUGUUAAAUAAUGACCUUUUAAUUUGUUGUUUUAAAAGUAUUUGAACUCAAUGUUUAAAACAUUUUAUGAUUUUUUGUUGUUGUCUGGAAUGAAAAAUUAAUUACUAACAUUGUGUAAAAUUUAUUUUGCAUAUCUUUCAAACUGUACAAAAGAUUGAAUUCUAUAUUUAAAAACUUACUAAUAUUUUUAUUACUUAUUUUAUCGAGUGUGUAAGGAGCAGCAUUAAGCUGGGUUUACACUCAGCAAGUUAUAAGAUUGCAAUAAGUCACACAUGCACAGAAAGAAGAUUGUGCAUGCACUGAGAAAACAGACAAUAACAACUUCUUGUCUCAAUUAGAUAAGUUUCUGCGCAUGAGUGGUCUUACUGGUGGAUUGUAGUGUCUAAGUAUAAAUCCACUUUUAUGAAAAUUCCAAUUAAAGUAAACAAAUUACAAAAUUUCAUUUUGUUAUGUUGAUAAUGUUUCAUAUUUGGUGUUUGUACUUGGAUAAUUUGUAUAUA